AUGGCCAAACCUCGCAUCUGUGUCAUCGGAUCUCUCAAUGUCGAUUUCGUCACAUACGCCCAACGCUGUCCCGGACCGGGAGAAACGCUGACAGGUUCGUCCCUAUCCAUCGACGCCGGAGGAAAAGGCGCAAACCAAGCGAUCGCGUGCGCCCGAGCAGGUUACAUCACCGGAACCCAACAAGAUGUGAGCGUGAGCAUGAUUGGCGCAGUCGGCGCAGAUGAUCCAUAUUAUUCCUCUCUGCUGCAGCCUACAUUGGAAAAAUCCGGGGUCGACACGACGGGAAUAGAGCAGAGGACGGACUGCCAGACCGGCUCAGCGACUAUCAUUGUGGAAGAAGGGGAGAAUGGAGAGAAUCGCAUUGUCGUGGUGCCGGGGGCAAAUCAUUCGGGAAUGAACGAUGUCAGCAAGAUCCUCACAACAGUCCAGACCCAUUGUCCCGCUCCUCAGGUCGUCGUUCUCCAAGGGGAGAUUCCGAGGUCCACUGUUAUCAGUCUAAUGCAGCAUUUCAACGAUCGCAAGGUCCCCACCCAUGUCGUCUUGAAUAUUGCUCCCGUAUAUCCGGAAGGCAUCCCCACCGCCGCACUGGCCAACACCGCGGUCCUAAUCAUGAACGAGACCGAGGCCGUGCAGAUGGCAGGGUCGAUCCCUGAAAUCCCCGUGACAUAUCAGAGCGAGUCCGACCUGCAACCGGAGCAGUUGGCCCCGCUCUUCCAUAAAAUAGUCAACAUUCCCAUUGUCCUCAUCACGCUCGGCGCCAAGGGCGUGUUUUUCUCGACGGCAACGGGUCACCAGGGCUUCGUUCGGGGUGUGAAAGUUGAGAAGGUUGUCGACACCACAGCCGCCGGGGACACCUUCGUGGGCUACCUUUCAACUGCCUUUGCGAAACAUGCUGCCACCGGUGGUGGCCCCGAGGACUUUGAUGCUCGGAUCGAAUCCGUUGUACAGGAAGCGAACCGGGCCGCCGCGGCGUGCGUACAGAGGAGGGGCGCAAUCGAAAGUAUUCCAUUUGCACAUGAAAUAAACGAUCGCCAAUGA